UAGAGUGAUUCCUUUUAUUACACAAUAGCCAUAAAGUCAAUUCUAAUCGCCUCUGAUACUUUUACUUCACAGUCCAGCGCGGAAACACUCUGGGCUUUACUGCUUCACAAAAAAAACUCCAGAACUUCACUCUAUGUCCGCCAUUUUGGGGGAGUCUUUUCAUUGCGUGAGUCAAUGAGGGGCUUCAUAAAAAUGGCCGCUGACGGUGAGCACUGCGGAGACACGGGGGGUAGAGUAGGAAGUGACGCAGCGCAAGCGGUGGAUUGCAGUGUGAACUGUGCCGCUACCGAGAAGGCUUAAGAAUGAACGCGCCGCCUGCCUUUGAGUCCUUCUUACUGUUUGAGGGCGAAAAAAAAAUAACAAUUACUAAGGACACAAAGGUGCCAAAUGCCUGUCUGUUUACUAUUAACAAGGAGGACCAUACUAUUGGGAAUAUCAUUAAAUCACAGUUGUUGAAAGAUCCUCAGGUGCUUUUUGCUGGAUACAAAGUACCACAUCCCCUGGAACAUAAGAUCAUUAUAAGAGUCCAGACAACACCUGAAUACAGUCCUCAGGAGGCAUUCACCAAUGCAAUUACAGACUUGAUCAGUGAGCUCUCCCUAUUGGAAGAAAGAUUUAGGGUCGCCAUUAAGGAUAAACAAGAAGGAAUUGAAUAAAUCUGUUUUGAGAACAUGUCCCCUGCUAUAACUUUGUUGCAGCUUCAACAUUUCCCUUUUUUGUGGGGAAGUAUAUGAAUAGUAAAGAAUAGCAUGUGUUUGUUUUUGUUUACUUUUUGUUAAUAAAGUAAUUUAAUGGUU